AUGCAGUCAUAUUCAACAGCAAUUAAUAAUAAUGUUAAUACGAUUUGGCUACUUGACAUUUCCAGUAACUCGCAAAAUAUUCUUGAUGCUUUAGAACAAAUUCCGUCGUCGAUCAAUCAUAUAAAGACAUUUGAAAAUAUUAUUGGAUGUGAGCAAUUCAUCCGAUCCCUUUCGGAUGAUGAUUGCAUUGUCUUUAUUGCUGAUGUUCCAUUGGGCCAACAAAUUAUACCUCGAAUUCAUCAACUUCAACAGGUGUUAGCCAUAUAUAUUUAUAGUACUGAGAUACAGUCAAAUGAAUCAUGGUUUCGACAGUUUAGAAAGUUUCGAGGCAUAUGUUCGCAGUUGAAUCAACUUGCUACUUCAAUACCAUCACGUUAUAGGAGACGACCACGCCGUGAAACCGAUGAUCUAUUCUCAUUUGAUAUACUCAGCACCGAUGAUAAUCAAGAGAAGUCAACUGCCGAAUUGGACGGUCAUUUCAUUCAUUCACAGCUGUUGAUUGAGGCUCUUCAAAAAAUGAAAUCGACUUCAACGGCAAUCGAAGAAUUUAUUCGCUUUUGUCAAGAUCAAAAAGAUAUCAAAGAUCAAAACUGUUAUCUGAAACUUGUACACGAAUUUCAAAACGAAUAUUCAAGUGAUAAAUCAGUGUGGUGGUAUACAAGAGACUCGUUUGUCUAUCGAAUGCUAAACAAAGCACUUCGUGAACUCAAAGAAAAUCAAUGGUCAUCUCCAGGAUAUGUUUAUCGAGGUCAAUCUCUGUCGAAAUAUGAGCUGAAAAGAUUGCAGCAAUCAGUGGGAAAGUUGGUUUCAAUAAAUUCAUUGUUGUCGACGACUCGUUAUCGUGAUGUGACUGAAGUCUACGUUGGGAAUACGGACGGUUUAGAAAAAGUACUCUUUAUAAUAUAUGUCAAUCCAUUAAUUGAUGGUAUCAAACCAUUUGCUGAUAUAACAUUCCUGAGCGACUUCCCUCAAGAAGGAGAAAUUUUGUUUAUAUUGGGAUCAAUUUUUCAGAUUGAAAGCGUUCAGAUUGGUGAAUAUAGAGUAUGGUUGAUUGAACUAAAAUUAUGCAGUGAUCAUGAUGAAGCUUUGAAAACGAUCUUUAAUUAUUUGCGAAGAGAAUCUAGUCGAUGUGAAUUAGAUCUUCUUGCACUUGGUAAUUUACUGCACGAUAUGGGCAAAUUUGAAGAUUCAAAAAAUUAUUAUAAUCGUUGUCUGAAAUUACUGCCGCCCAAUGAUCAUGUGUGGAAGCCGUACUGUUAUUACUUACUUGGUUUAGUAGCCACAGAAAACGGUGACGAUAAAUGUGCACUCGAUCUUCUUAGCAAAUCGUUAAACAUUCGAAGGCAAACAUUAAAAUCAUCAGAUCCUAGUAUUGCUGAUACGCUCACCGCUAUCGCGCGUGUGCAUUACAAUAGCUGUAACUUUGGCCAGGCACUACAAUUGUACCGCGAGGCGUUAGCUAUAUUUCAACAAGCAUUUGGUGAUGAUGAUCUGACGAGCGCCAUGACUUAUACUAACAUCGGUGUCGUCUGUAAGGAACAGAAGUUAUAUUUUGAUGCACUCAAUUAUCAUGAAAAAGCACGGGAGAUUCGAUUAAAAAAUUUGCCACCGGGUCAUUUCCGAUUUGGAACAUCUUGGAAUAAUAUGGGAGAAGUUUAUCAACGUCUUGGCGAAUAUGGCACGGCAUUGAAGUAUUAUAAGCGCGCGCUUGAAAUCUACAAGAGAUCACUGCCACCAGAACACAUAGAGAUCGCUAUAGUAUUAGUAAAUAAAGGCAGUAUUAAAGAAGAGAAAGUCGAUUUACGGACAGCAUUACCUUUUUAUAAACAAGCGCUUAACAUUUGUCUUCGUAUGUGA